AUGCCUGGGCACAGCGACAUGGAGCCGCCCGCUGCUUUCUCGGGCUUCCCGGCCCCGCCCUCGGUCGCGCCGUCGGGGCCGCCGCCGUCGCCGCUUGCCGGAGCCGAGCCCGGGCCGGAGCCCGAGGAGGCGGCCGCGGGCCGCGGGGAGCCGGAACCUGCGCCAGCGCCGGGCCCGGGCCGCCGCCGCCGCCGGCCCUUGCAGCGAGGGAAGCCGCCCUACUCGUACAUCGCGCUUAUCGCCAUGGCGCUGGCUCACGCCCCGGGCCGCCGCCUCACGCUGGCCGCCAUCUACCGUUUCAUCACCGAGCGCUUCGCCUUCUACCGCGACAGCCCGCGCAAGUGGCAGAACAGCAUCCGCCACAACCUCACGCUCAACGACUGCUUCGUCAAGGUGCCCCGGGAGCCGGGCAACCCGGGCAAGGGCAACUACUGGACGCUCGACCCGGCGGCUGCCGACAUGUUCGACAACGGCAGCUUCCUGCGGCGCCGCAAGCGGUUCAAGCGCGCCGAGAUGCCCGCGCUCUCUGCCGCGCCGCCCGCCCCCGCCGCCGGCCCGCCGCCCUUCCCCUACGCGCCCUACGCGCCCGGCCCCGCGCUGCUCGCGCCGCCUCCUCCCGCCGCUCCGGGCUCCACGCCGCCCGCGCGCCUCUUCAGCGUCGACAGCCUGGUGAGCCUGCCGCCCGAGCUGGCGGGGCUGGGCGCCCCCGAGCCGCCCUGCUGCGCUGCGCCCGACGCCGCCUUCCCGCCCUGCGCGGCAGCCGCCUCCCCGACUCUCUACUCGCCGCCGCCCGACCGCCUGGGGCUGCCCCCGACGCGUCCUGGCCCCGGACCGUUGCCCGCAGAGCCGCUGCUGGCCCUGGCAGGGCCGGCGGCCGCGCUCGGCCCGCUCGGCCCGGGGGAGGCCUACCUGCGGCCGCCGGGCUACGCGCCGGGGCUGGAGCGCUACCUGUGAGCCCUUCCAGCCCGGCGGAGUGGCUCGGGCCCCUCUCCCCCAGGACGGGGCGCUGCCUGGGAGCCCCCAUCUGUGCCCCGUUGGCUUGGAGCGCACCUCGGAGCUCCCAGUUCUGCUUGAUGGACUGAGCACACCUGUUGCAUCUGUCUCUAACCCCCAUCUCUGGGGAGCCUCCCGCUGUCUCUCCACCGGACUGAAUCCCCCUCCCCACCGCGAACUGUAAGGCCCCCGUUUCUUCGCCCUCCACUGUUCACGCCCCCCACCCGCCAGCGCCCUUUUGGGUCCCACGUCUGGAGACCCUGGAUCACCACCUGUGAGCCCUCACCUCGGGUUUCUGGUGAAGUCCAAGCCUUCUGAAGCCAGACCUUCGAUCUCAAGCCACUUCCCGACUGGCUCCUCACUUCUUUAACCUUCCCUGGUGUUUUUAUAAGACAAGGAGUCAAACCCAGGUCAGACUCCCAGGUUUAUGACUCCCUUGCUGUUGUCCCUUCAUCCCCCCACAAGUUUGUCCCCGCACCCCCCCAGUUACCUGUACGUUCUCGGUUUCUUACUGGGAGAGCGCUCCCCUUCCAUACAGACGCACCUAGCUGAGCUCUUGCAGACCCUGAGGACAGUUCUUCAUCUCUGAGACAAGCAGCACCAGGGGUUCCUUGACUGCAAGGGGAGUUAGUGGGCUGCCCCACCAUAUGGAAA